AUGUUCCAGCGCCUUAAAGGCGCAAUUGACAGUCGCAUAGCCGAAGAACAGGCCCGACAAAGAGCAGCGGUUACUUCAGCGUCUCCUUCUCGAUCAGGCUCGACGACUGGCCGUAGAUCUGUAUCACGCAACUUAUCACCGUCCAAGAGACCAAAGCCCAGCGAAAGAGCUGAAUUAUCCACAGGAAAGGGUCCUGAUCCCAGCGAGUUCGACUCAGACUCCGUACUCGGAGAUGAUAGUGCUAGGAAUGGCGUGCCAAAGGGUGAAGUCUCCGGUAAAGAUGUGGAAGAAAAAAAAGCAGAGGAGCCCUUUGUAAAUACACCUGAAAUAAAGAUGGCUCCUAAGAAUGACGAAGCUGCAAUGCCUACUGAGCACGGUGGAGAAAUGUCUACCGAAAUCCGAGUAAAGCUGCGAAAGUUGGAAAGACUUGAGAGCAAAUACCAAGAGCUAUUAAAAGCCUAUCGUAUAGCGCAUGCGAGAGUGCAGACAAUUGAACCCUUCGAGGCUUCAUUGCGCGAGAACACACCUCUCACAUCUAUUAACGAUCCCGGUGCGCUUCUGGAGUACCUCAAUCAAAUUACCCUCAAGAGUGACAUGGCCCUGGAUGAGCUCAAGCGAGUGACUGCAGAGCGCGACGAGUAUCGCAAGAAGCUUGGGGAAUCAGAAAGAGAAGCGCAAGCGUUGAAAGCCGAAGUCUCAAGCUUGAAGCAGCAAGAAGAAAAGUCAGAACCAGCAACAGAACCGUCGGUCUCUGGCCGACAGUCGUACGAUUUAUCAAAUGCAAGGGAGCCAACUGGCGAUGUGGCUUCGGAGCCCUCAGCGACUUUGAAGUCUCCCACUCCUUCUACGCCUUCUCGCCUACCUAGCUUCUCCUUAUUUUCCCCCAAAAACAAAGCGGUCAAGUCUCCACAGGAACAGAAAGAUCCUGGUGAGGAAUUCUUUUCUUACGACAGUGAGCUUCCUCGACUUCAAGCUGAGUUGCAGGAGCGGCAAGUCGAGAUUACGGACCUUAAGAAGCAGAUCUCUACCCUUCAAGGAGACUUGUCUGUUACCAGAGAGUCGACGGAGGGUAUGGUACAGAGCCUCGAAGCUGCAACGCAAGAGCUCCAUUCGUUGCGAGAUAUAAAUGAGAAACAUCAAAUGGCGAGACAUGACCUCCAGGCAAAGAUCGAUCGACUCGAGCAGGAUAUCUCUUCGCGCGUGCCGCCUAGUGCAGCCAUAGAGCAACAGGGCUCCAGUGUGGAAACUCAAUUAGCGGAUAUGAAAGUAAUACUAGAGGAGAAGGAUACGACCUUGUCUUCAAUGAAGAAGGCCGAAGAAGAAAGAAAAAUUCAAAUGACUGCCUUGGAGGGAGAUGUCCUGGAGCUUCGCGAAAGAGCUGCUCAGAAGGAUGCUGCUGUAAAGGAUCUGGAGGAAUCGCUGGCUAUAGCCCACACAGCUGAACGUCAACCAGGACAGCAAUCGUGGUCGGAGUCAGCAAGCAAGAAGCAGAUUGGUAUUCUCAAUAAUAUCAUGGAAUCUCUACGUUCCCAAUUGAAGACAGCGGAGGCGGAAAUCACAGAAUUGAAGGAAGUCAAGAGGAAAGCGGAAAUUGAGAUUAAAGAAUUGCAUGAGCUCAAUGCACAUAAUGAAAUGCAAGAAGAAGCGCAUGACAAGACCUCGGCUGGAAUGACUGACGAAUUCGAAAUGAAGAUUGCCGAAUUGCCGUCAAUGAGAUAUUUUGGUUUUGUCAACAGCGACGAUUUUUCCUUAUCGGGUGACGCACCCACCGCCUUUCGGCAAUUCUCCGAAAAGGUGAAGAUCACACGACCAGAGCUUUAUGAAGCAUUGGUUUCUCCCGAAAAGAGCAAAGAGAAGUCUGUAGCGCCGACCGAGCUUGCAGUUGCAACGAACGAUAACACCAAGAAAAGCAAGAAGAAAAAGAAGAGAAACAAGGGUAGGCAAGAUUCAAGUGCUGAGCCGAAUAUUCUUGAACCGCCAGCCAAAGUCACAGAGACCUUAGACGAGGCUGAAGAUGAAGCCCAGAAACUCAGCCCGCCCCAGUUGGACGCAGCGCAGCAUCUCGAAAAGCAAGUGAACGAUCUUGAAAAGCAGGUGGAGGAAAAGGUAGCGACGAUUGAUAGCCUAUGCAGCAAGUUGAAAGAUCAAGCCGCAUUAAAUGAGGAGAUUGAGACACUUCGUGAUGACCUCUUGCUUCAAGGCGAGGGGCAUGUGGAAGCUCGAGAGGCUCUCAAAGCUGCGAGAAAGGAGAAGUCUGUGCUCGAAAAACGUAUUGCCGAUCUCGAGACAGAGCUCACGGAUCUCAGAGCACACUCUGCUACUAGCUCGGCAGAAUCUGAAAAUGCGCAUCGAGACCUACUAUCAGAGCUUACGGAACUCAAGGUAAAGUCUGGCGCUUUCCAGAGAGAUCUAGCGGCCGCGGAACAGCUAGCUGCAGCGCGGUUCAAGGAUAUCACUGAAUUGCGUGAACUUCUAUCGAAGGCGCAAGCGGAGCUGAGAAGCUUUCGAGCUGAAGUGGAAGAAUUGAAACCUGCCCGGGAGGAUCUCAACAACAAGAUUGGUGAAUUGAGGCGACUUGAAUCCCGCCAUGAGGAUUUGAAAGCCGAUAUGAAGAGUUUGAGCAGGAAAAUUGGGGAGAAGGACUCCGCCAUCAAAGAUCUGCGACAGAGUCUCACUGAUGCAAACACCACCAAAAUGAAGGUAGAGGAGGACCUUCGGACAGCAAGAUCGGACCUCCAAAAUGCGGAGGCAUUGCGAGUGGCGGCCAUGAGCUCUCAGAAGCAGACUUUAGAGGAGCUCUCAAACACAAGAGCAGAUCACAAUGCAUCCUUAAGCAGUAUUCGAGAAUUGGAAGAUGCGAUUAGCAAACACGUCAAGGAGGUUCAAGAUUUGAAGGACGAGGUUCGCCUGAAGACAUCCUUGCACGAGUCCACCCAAGCGAUCAUGGCUGGCCUGAGAGAACAGGCGCUAGAGCUCAGUACUCAAGCUCGAGAAGCCAGCAGCAGAGCAGAUAGUCUCGAGGAAGAGCUUGCAGAAGCACAAAGGAUGCUUUCCGAACGCAGCCGCGAGGGAGAAACCAUGAGGCGUCUUCUGGCAGAUGCUGAAGGACGAACGGCUACCAAGAUCCGGGAGAUGAAACAGAGGAUGGAGACUGCCAUUGAGGAGCGGGAUAGAGUAGAAGACGAAGCAUCAACGAGCAAUCGGCGAAUGGCGCGAGAAAUUGAAGACUUGCGGAAUAAGACCAGGGAGGCCACCAGAUCCUUGAAAGUGGUCGAAGAGGAGAAAGAGGAGCUGGAACGCUCGCAGAAAAACCUCAAGCACAGAAGGGAUGAGCUCGAAGCCAUUCAGAAUAAGAGUCUAGCAGAGGUUGGCGAGGCCCAAGCGGCGAUACAGCAAUUAAGAGAAGCCUUAGACCAACGAGAAAGGGAAGGCAUGGAAUUUGAACGGCAGAAAACGGACAUGAAACGUUCAUUAGAAGAUGUUCAGGAGAGAGUGGAACGUUUGCAAAAGGCCAACAAGGCGCUGACAGACGAGCUGAAAGGCUCUCAACAGCAGCGCAAAGGGAGCAUACGACCUCCAACAGGCUUUGAAUCAGAAGUUAAGUCAUCUCGCUCGUCGCUUGACUCGACCGGCCCCAACGCUCGCAAUAACAGUGUGAUUGGGUCUCCAGUACCAAACAUUCGGGACCGAUUACCCGCUAGCCGCAGUUCUACCCCUACGGGUGCAAACGCUUCUCCCGUUGAUUAUGUGUAUCUGAAGAAUGUACUUUUGCAGUUCCUGGAGCAGAAGGACAAAGGCCAUCAGAAACAGCUGAUACCGGUACUGGGAAUGUUGUUAAAUUUUGAUCGCAAAGAUGAGCAAAAAUGGAUGGCUGCAAUCACAGCAAGAUAG